AGGGAUGAAAUUUUCAGUUUUCUGGAUGGUUUUUUCGCCGACGACAAGGUCUGUUUAAAUGGAUUGAAAAUGUUUUUGAAAUGUCCUGACGUCAAUGCAGAAAAUGACCUUGCAGGCCUCAUGAAAAAUGAUUCCAGGAGACUAAUGCCAGACUGCAGGGAGGAAUUACAAACGGCAAAUUUCUUCGCAAAGGUAGCCGAAUGUUUUCAGAGAGAGAAAUACAUUGGACAGACAGAGCUUAAAAAGUUAGGUAUUCAAGUCAAUGAACUUACGAGACUUUGCUUUGAAAAGGAUAUUUUAAUGAUACUCGGAGAAGGGGAUUCUGAGCUUGCACAAAAGAUCAAAACAGAUGUAGAAAAAUGGAACAUCAAAAUGGAUCUUGAAUCCGAAGUUGGAAUUGGACUCAAGUUCUCAAGUUUAAAUGAUGCCUUUGAUAAAUACGUGUUCGUAUUUGUCAUUGUAACCAACAAUCUGAGAGAUGACGAGAUUAGAAAGUAUCUAUGUGAAGGGCAGUUACUGGAAUCUUUAUGCGAAAAGAAAGAGAGAUUGAUACCAGUCAAAAUAAAAGGAAACCAGUAUAACGACCCCGUCUACCGAGGAAUCAAACCAUGGAAAUACAAAAAUGAUCAGUCAAUAUAUAAUUUGGUUGCUCUUGUACAAAAAAGUACACAAAUGGUGUUUCCAUCAAUCAAUUAACCAUCAACAUCAUACAAAGACGCUGCGUAGAUGACAUUAUUUGUGAAAUAGUUGAAAAUAAUAAACAUUUUUUACGAACGGGCCUUACUAGUAUUUGAAAAGCACCCUUUAAACUUAAUGAAAACAAUACAAAACACUUUUCAAGAAAUAUCGACAUUUGAAAAAGAAGAAUGCAAAAUAGAUUUUGUUUUUCGAAACAUAAUAGGCUGAUUGCAUAUGUCUAGUUUAAAUUCAAACCCGAGUUAAAACAACUUGAGUUUAACCGAUACCAUUUGCAAAAAAAACAAUGUAACUUAUACCGGGCUUUAACUGGGAUGAAUUGCAUAAUAAUAUGAAUGACUUAAUCUGAGUUUAGUUUAAGUCGAAAACAUUGGAAAAAGUAAUUAAACCAACUUUUGUGUAUCUGUGUUUUACGCUGAAUUUAACACAUGUUUGUUCAUAUCUGGGCAAUCGAUCUACAUUACCGGCUUUCUUACCAGUAUUUGGCAUUUAACAUCACAUUGUGGACCUCUACAAAAGUUACAUAAAAUACCCCUGGGGCCAGAAUUUGUCCGGCCCCUGGGGUCACUUAAUUUCAUAUAGACUGAUAUAAGUUAAUACAUUCAUUACUUCUUUUGUGAAACUGCUUUUUCCAAAACAUAUUUAUUUUGCAUGUAGCAUAAUCUUUGGGGUAUUUUGUUAAAGUGUUUUUUUUUCUCAUUUAUUUUUCAAGCAUAAUAUACAGACAUUCAAAUAAUCUUUAAGGCUCUUUGGGAUAGCUGACAUUAAUUGAUGAUAUUUUAAAUAAUCUUGUGUGUCAAGAUUUAGAUUUGUUUUGCUGUUUCAAAUUUAUAAAAGGCCUUUGUACGAAAAUCAGAGUUUUUCUAUAUAAUGUGUGCAUUUUUCAUGCCAUUUUGCCAGUAAAUUAUAUUGUUGUACUUUUAUCUCAGUAUUGUUCCAUAUGAUAUGUUUUCUAACUUCAUUUCUAUUUAUGUUAGAGGAUUUUACUACAGAAAACUAUGUAAUUAAGAAAUCUCUUAGAAAUGUAUUUGUUUUACAGAUUCGUGAAACACCAUUGAAACAUGAUUACAUUCAAAAAUAAAUUUACCACCUAAUGGUUUUAAUAUAUUCUCAAAAUAUUUAGUAUUAGACCAGAUAUAUUUCCAAAUUCAUGUAUGACUUUCAUUAGCUUUUCAAUGCACUGAAAUGUUUUCUUCAAGGCACUUUGGGAUAGCUGAGAUUAAUUAAUAGCAAACUAUUUUGAGUUGGGUUUUUUUGGGUUUUUUCAUUUCCUUCAACAUGGAUAGCCUUUGAUCUUUUUAAUAAUCCAUUUAUUUUAUUUUCAUAUAAAUUUUCUAAUUCAUUAUAUUUCAUGGAUAUUAUUUCUAGUACAUCUUUUUCAUCCUUGUUAUUGGUAUUAUAAUUAUUAUUAUUAUUAAUUUUAUCUAUUGUUUGAUGUGCAUGGUUUAGAUCAGCUAAUCCUUUAAUUUAAAGUGUUUUCUAAUUGAUUUUCAGUUUGUUAAGUGUUAUUUAUCAUGCCCCUGGAUAAAAAAAAUGGACCGACCCUGGAAGCCACUUAGUUGAAUGUUGACCUGUAUUGUAAAAUAUCUCAAAGAAACGUUUCGGAAACUUUAGUGCCUAAAGCUUAGAUACUUGGCAUUCAGAGUCACCUUGUUUUAUAAAUCAAGCUCCUGGAGUAAAAAUAAGUCCCGCCCCUUGGUUAAAUAAGAAAAUACAUAUGAAUAUUUUGUGGAAAACAUUGUCAAAUAUUAUUACUGUUUUGGGGAUUUUUGACAUAAUGACUGAAAAUAAAUUUUGUCUCAAUGAAUGUUCAGGGGUUAGGGGAUAGCCAAAAAAGAAAAGAUUCAUGUAAUUACUUAAAAGGGAAAAAUACAACGUGCAUUAUUUACAAGAUACACAUUUUACUAAUAAAGAUUUUAAUUAUAUCCGUUCGCAGUGGGGAUAUGAAUGUUAUUUCAGUAAUUAUAAUAGUCAAUCUAGAGGAGUAGCAAUAUUUAUUAAUAACAAUUUUGACUUUAAAUUUAAAAGUCUUGAAACAGAUCAAGAAGGUUAUUUACUUUUUAUACAUGCAUGCAUUUCAAAUAUUGAUAUCACUUUAAUUUGUAUAUACGGACCAAAUAGAGAUGACCCUAUCUUCUACAAUAAUAUAAAAGAGAAAAUUUUACAGUUUGAGAACCCAUGUAUACUGGUAGGAGACUUUAAUAUGAUGUUAAGUCCAAAUAUGGACCGCUUUAAUUAUUAAAACAUAAAUAGCCCUAAGGUCAGGGAAGUUGUUUUAGAUAUGAUAAUUGAAUGUUAUUUAAUUGACUGCUGGAGGGAACAAUUUUUAGAAAAAAGGCAGUAUACUUGGUUUAAAAGAAACCCUAUAAAAAAGCUAGGCUUGAUUUUUUCUUAAUCUUCAAUAAUCUUUUUACAGAUAUGAGUAGUGUUGACAUUGUGCCAGGUUAUAGAACAGAACAGAAAGUUUAUUUUGACGUAUACAAAGUACAUAGUCAAUUACAUAAUACAUUCAUUCAUACAUACAUAUAUACAAUCACAAAAUCAAUGGAUAGUCUGCAAAUUUCUUGAAGGUGAACAGUUUAAUCUAUUUUGUUUCCUUCACUAUAGGAUUUGACAUAAUCAGUUUAACAUAUAUUACAUAGUUUAAUAUUGAGUUACGAACAUGU